UUCGGCGAAAAUUCGGCUUUGCCCGAGUUCCGCCCAUCACUAAUUAUUUACGUAAGAAAAGCGCCCUUUGUUCUAUUUCGUGUAGAAGAUCCGUGAAGAGAGACACUCCCAGAAAUAUGUAACUCUUUUGAGACGAAAAUCUGAUCAACGUCACAUACACCGAGAGGUUUCAACGCCGGCAAAGGUCGGUAGCGUCACUCCGAGACACUCGCACCAACUCUUUCGCCUCCGUCAACUUCGGAAACAAUCGAACGCUCAGCCGGCGACUUUCGCUUGCGGUUAUUUGCGGUCUCGGGGGCUGUUGGCCCACACUAAUUACCGGGUAUAAAAAUAGUCCACGGGUGAGUAUAAAAGCACCGUUGCACGCGAGCCCCCGAUGGUUGUUGGGAUCCUCAUGGCCAUGUACGCGUCGCUCUCGGCCGCCGUUCAAGAACGGCGCGAACGCACCUUUGUGAUCGUCAAGCCCGACGGCGUCCAGCGUGGACUCAUCGGUAAAGUGGUCAGCCGCUUCGAGAAGAACGGCUUCAAACUCGUGGCGAUGAAGUUUCUACAGGCAACUGAAGAGAUACUGAAGAAACAUUAUGAGGAGCUCUCGGACCGACCAUUCUUUCACGCUCUCAUAAAGUAUAUGCAAAUGGGACCCAUCGUCAUCAUGGUGUGGGAAGGCAAGGAGGUCGUAAAAAGGGCAAGGGACAUCAUUGGUGCAACCGACCCCCUCAAGUCCAGCCCGGGCACGAUUCGUGGCGACUACGGCAUUGUGACGGGCAGAAACGUGGUCCACGGCAGCGACUCCCUUCCGAGUUCCAAGCGAGAAAUCGAGCUGUGGUUCGAAAAGGCAGAAGUGGUCCCGUGGAUGCAGUGCCUUGACGACUGGAUAUUCAAGGAGAACUAGCGAUCUCAUCUCAUUUUUUAUAUGAGUCCUAUUUAAUUUUGUUAGUCUGAACCUUUUUUGCAUUUUUGACACUGGUCACUGCCUGGCUUUACUCAUCUCGUUGGCUUUUUUUUAGCCAUUUACUCAUCUUGUUUGUUGAGGAUGCAAUCUGUACGGAACUUGCAAAUUUGAUGUGCAUACAUUUGCUGGUGUCAGUUAGCACGUUCGGCUUUACUUUACAUAUUGCUGUCGUUCUACGACUUUUUUGCUCUCCGAUAAUAAAGAGGUGCAGAAAAGUCA